AUGGAUAGCUCUAAUUCUAAUUCAUAUCCAUACGACACAGCACGCGUGAGUGAAAUUCUGAAACGCAAACGUCGUGUUCGUGGCAUCAAGUCUUGUUUUCCUUGUCGACACAGGAAAGUAAAAUGCAGCGGUGACCUGCCCUGCGAGAGUUGUGUGUCGAGGGGCCAUCCUGAGCUUUGUUGUGUGCCUUCCAGCGAAUCAGCUGAAAAUUCACGCGCGGCACCGAUACCUUCUGGUAAUACUGGAUCUCGAGACAGUCGUUCCCUGGCAGAAAGCCCAGACGGGGAGGCCGAUGGAGACAGGUUGCAGAGAGAACAUAGCAGGAAUACCAUACCUGGAUUUGAUCAUAGUGAAAAUGACAAGGAGCCUUCUCCAGAUCACACAGCUGGUAUCGAUCUCAUGAUCAAACGGUUGGAAAAUAUAGAGGAACAAAUUUCUUCUCUGAAAGCUGAUCUCAAAAAAUCCCGCGCCAACUCCAGUACGGGGACCAACUUCAAUUGUCAUGAUAGUCAAUCAUCAAAUUUACAGCUCAACCCGCACUUAGCUACGCAUUUCAUCCCUAGGUCACCAGGGAAGAAUUUCGUCGAAGACGCCACAGGGGCGACCAUCUUCCUGGGCGGCCAUUCUGACCCACCAGCAGCAUUGGGAUGUCGAAGCGCACCCGGUGAUGGGAUUCCAUCUGAUGACUUAUUCUUGGAUCAAAUCGCGCCUCGGACGUAUCCUUUUACGAGCAUGUGGGGACCGGAUGCCGGCGCGGCGGAUGUUUGUUGGACUUUGCCUGAGGACUCUGAUAUCGUUCGGUAUUGUCAGAUCUACCAAACGAUAGUCUACCCCUACUACCCAGCCCUAGUAACACUCGAGCAAUUCAAUUCAUCGCUCUGGAAAUUUCUUGACUACCGAGCAGACCUUCAGCAGAGCAACGAAUUAUCAAAGCUCGACAAUAUGGAUACUUCAUGGCUCGCACUAUUGUUUGCCGUCCUAGCGUGUGGAGUUCAAUUCUCGAACGACCCGAUUAAGAAAAGAGAUCUGCAGUCCAAGGUCUUCAUCUGUUCAUCUUUCCAGUGCCUUCGCAUUUCAAACUUCUUCAAUAACACCAACAUGGAUCAAAUCCAGGCUAUGGCACUGAUAGGUCACUGUAUCCGCAACAAUCUGGACACAAAUAGUGCUUGGAUUUUAUUAGGUGCGACAAUGCGUCUCGCGCAGAGUAUUGGACUCCAUGAAGAGACAAUCUCAACAAACUCAUCGAAUGCGACCCAACAAUUCCAAAGAAAACGACUCUGGUGGGUACUCCUCUGGCAGGACACGUUCCUCUCCUUUACCUACGACAGACCCCCAAGUACAAUAAAAUCAAGCGGAAGGAUUCCCUACGACCCCUCAACUAACGAGCCGGGUAAUCACUCACUCGCCGACUGUAUCAUGGCAUAUUGUCAAAUCAUACUCGAGCGGUCACGCAAAGACGAAGACAUCGAAUCCGUCACGGCAAUAAUGGACUACAAGCAGCGCAUAGCGAGAAUCCUAGACGAUGACUUCGCCGCACCAUUCCUCCGCAACAAGGCCCGUUGUCGUACUCCCCAACAACACCUCCAGCGACUGGCAUUUCGCAUACACUAUUCCUAUGUUCUCAUGAGACUCCUUCGAUUGGCACUGAAAACGCCAAGCCCUGAUCCAAAUAUCGAUACUGAAGCAAUCAAAAUGGAAUGUGCAGAACGUGCCUCGGACGCGGUUCGUGCUUUCUUAGAGUUGCAUCAGCUCUCGUCGACGGUUUGUCGGUCGUGGGCGUUUGUGCACAAUGCCGUGAGUUGUGCCUUUACUUUGCAGAGUUUGGGCAUGUUUCCUGUGGAUUCGGAGCUGCUUAUUACAGAACUUGUUGUUAUUUUGGAGAGCGAGGAGAGCUUGUCUUCUUGGGUGGAUAGCGAUACUAAUGUUAGGCAUUACGGGCCUUAUUCAAGGGCUUUGCGGGCAUUGAAGGAAUUUGUUAGUUAG